AUGGAAACUUCGAGCGUGAAUCAGCAUGACGUAUUCAUCGAUUUCAGCUCGAAGGAUACUCGCUACUCCUUCAUCAGUCAUCUCUCGGCUGCUUUCCACCGGAGGAACAUCACUACGUUCCUCGGAGAAGACAGCAUCAGCUCGGUGACUCAAUCGGCUAUCGAGGGAGCUAAGGUUUUUGUGGUUGUCUUCUCUGAGAACUAUGCAUCCUCGCCGCUCUGCUUGGAAACGCUCGUGAAGUGUUUGGAUCUCCAGCGACGUGAUAACGGCCUCGUGGUGAUUCCAGUCUUCUAUGGUGACGUCACUCCAUCGAUCGUGAAGGAACAGACGGACAAAUACGGAGCUGCUUUUUCCGAGCACCGGAGUUUGUUCACCGAAGACGAUAGGGUAGAAAGGUGGCGAAACGGUCUGAUUGAAGCGGCGAAGUUACAAGGCCAUGAAUCAAAUGAACAAGAAAAUGACUCAGAUUUAGUAGAAGAAAUUGUUGCGGAUGUGCGCGAGAAGCUGUAUCCAACGGGUAAGAUCGGGUUCUACUUGAGGUUGGUCGGGAUUGAAAACUUGCUUUGCAAGCAAUCUCAUGACUUCUACAGGCUAGGGAUUUUGGGUAUGCCUGGGAUAGGGAAGACUACCAUCGCUCAAGCAGUCUCUAACCAAAUGUCUCACGACUUUGAAACUCUUUGCUUUCUACAAGACUUCCACGUAAAGUUUCAUGAGAAAGGACUACGCGUAUUGCGAGAAGAAUAUCUCGUCGAAAAACUAAGAGAGACAAAAGUACUGCUUGUUCUUGAUGAUGUGCGAAAUCCUAUGGAAGCAGAAUCUUUCCUUGGAGGAUUUGAUUGUUUUAGACCCGGAAGUUUAAUAAUCAUAACAUCCCGAGAUAAACAAGUUCUUUAUCAGUGUCAGGUUGAUGGUGUUUACGAGGUACCAUCCUUAAACAAGAAGGAGGCUCUACAGUUAUUCAACCGGUUUGCGUUUCCAACGAAAAAAACAAGUGAUGGUGUUCUAGUAGAAGUGUCAAAGAAGGUGGUUGAGUAUGCUAAUGGAAACCCUUCAGCUCUCUGCUUCUAUGGCAGAGAGCUGGAAGAGAGGACGGAACUAGAUGAAAUGGAGGCGGAUUUCGAGAAGCUUAAGCAAUAUCCUCCGCGGGAGAUCAUUGAUGUGUUCAAGAGCAGCUACGAUGUGCUCAUUGACAAUGAGAGGAGCAUAUUCCUGGACAUUGCUUGUUUUUUCAAUGGUGAACAACUGGAUCAGAUCAUGCGGAUAUUUGAAGGGUGUGGUUUCUUCCCACACGUUGGAAUCGAACGCCUCGUUGAGAGGUCUUUACUGGUGAUAUCAAAGAAAAAAAAGGUUGAGAUGCACAAUUUGAUUCAGGAUGUUGCUCGGGAAAUCGUCAAUGAAGAAAACAAUCAAAUUAUGAGGCGUCGUAGAUUGUGGGAUCCUUCAAGCAUUAGAGUAUUACUCGAAGACAAUGACCCUGAGGGUACUGAAGUUAUUGAAGGAAUUUUUUUUGACACGACAAACUUAAACGUUGUUGUUAAUCCUAUGGCGUUGAAUAAUAUGUAUAAUCUUAGACUGUUAAAGAUAUACAGUUCAAACUCUGAAACUGCUCAAGAAGUCAAUCUCCCUGACGGACUUGAGUCUCUGCCUUAUGAGCUCAGGCUACUUCACUGGGAAAAAUAUCCGUUGCAAUCGUUGCCUGAAGAUUUUGAUCCGGGCCAUCUUGUUGAACUCAAUAUGCCUUAUAGUCAGCUUCAAAGUUUAUGGGGAGGAACCGAGAGUUUAGCAAGUUUGAAGAUAAUAAACCUUAGCCAUUCUAAAAAAAUAGUUGAAGUUGAUGAACUCUCGAAAGCUUGUAGCAUUGAGCAAAUCCAUCUACAAGGUUGCACAAGCUUGAAGAGCAUUCCGGAGACUGGUCGGCUAAAGAAUCUUCAACAUUUGAACCUCUCUGGUUGCACAAGAAUUGAGCGUGCAGAGAUUACAAAGAAGAUAAAAGGACUGGAUCUAGAAGGAGGUUUAAGAGAAACAAAAUCUGAAUCAAUGGUGUUCUCCAUGUUAGUAGAGCUGGAACCUCAGGAUAGCUUUUGA